AUGCUGAAGCAGAGUGAGAGGAGGCCAUCUUGGGGCUACAAGCGCCGGAGCGCCUCGGACAGUGACAAUGCGCCCCACGCGGGGGGCAGCCACCACCGCGGAAGCAUCUGCUCGGUGGGUGCGCGCUCCGGCUCCCAGGCCAGCAUCCCCCCGUGGACCGAGGCCAACUACAACUACUACAUUGAAGAGGACGAGGAUGGCGAGGAGGAGGACCCGUGGAAGGACGAGCCGGCAGAGGAGAUCAGCAGCGCCCAAGCGGACGGCCACGCCGACCCUCCGUCCCUGUCGUCCACCCUGAACGUGAACGUGGGCGGCCACAGCUACCGCCUGGACUGUGGCGAGCUGGCCUGCCACCCCAAGACGCGCCUGGGCCGCCUGGCCACCUCGACCAGCCGCAGCCGCCAGCUGGGCCUGUGCGACGACUACGAGGAGCGCACGGACGAGUACUUCUUCGACCGCGACCCGGCCGUCUUCCAGCUCGUCUACAACUUCUACGCGUCGGGCGUGCUGCUGGUGCGCGACGAGCUGUGCCCGCGCAGCUUCCUGGAGGAGCUGGGCUACUGGGGCGUGCGGCUCAAGUACACGGCGCGCUGCUGCCGCAUCAGCUUCGAGGAGCGGCGCGACGAGCUGGCCGAGCAGCUCAAGAUCCAGCGCGAGCUGCGCGCCCAGGCGCAGGCCGAGGAGGCGGCCGAGCUCUUCAGCCACAUGCGCUUCUACGGCGCGCAGCGCCGCCGCCUCUGGAACCUUCUGGAGAAGCCCUUCUCGUCGGUGGCCGCCAAGGCCAUCGGGGUGGCCUCCAGCCUCUUCGUGCUGGUCUCCGUGGUGGCGCUGGCGCUCAACACGGUGGAGGAGCUGCAGCCGCGGGGGGCGCCGGGCGCGGGGGGCGGUGGCGACGCGCGGCCGCUGCUGGAGCACGUGGAGCUGCUGUGCAUCGCCUUCUUCACGCUGGAGUACCUGCUGCGCCUGGCCUCCACGCCCGACCUGCGGCGCUUCGCGCGCGGCGCCCUCAACCUGGUCGACCUGGUGGCCAUCCUGCCGCUCUACCUGCAGCUGCUGCUCGAGGGCGUCACGGGCGAGGACGGCCAGAGUUCGGCGCGGGAGCACGACCUGGAGACGGUGGGCCGCGUGGGCAAGGUGGGCCAGGUGCUGCGCAUCAUGCGCCUCAUGCGCAUCUUGCGCAUCCUCAAGCUGGCGCGCCACUCCACCGGGCUGCGGGCCUUCGGCUUCACGCUGCGCCAGUGCUACCAGCAGGUGGGCUGCCUGCUGCUCUUCAUCGCCAUGGGCAUCUUCGCCUUCUCGGCGGCCGUCUACUCCGUGGAGCACGACAUGCCCGGCACCAACUUCACCAGCAUCCCCCGCUCGUGGUGGUGGGCCGCGGUGAGCAUCUCCACCGUGGGCUAUGGAGACAUGUACCCCGAGACCCACCUGGGCAGGCUCUUUGCCUUCCUCUGCAUUGCUUUCGGGAUCAUCCUCAAUGGGAUGCCCAUCUCCAUUCUCUACAAUAAGUUCUCUGACUACUACAGCAAGCUCAAGGCUUACGAGUACACCGCCAUUCGGAGGGAGCGGGGGAAGGUGGACUUCCUGCGGAGGGCCAGGAAGAAGAUGGCCGAAUGCUUGGCUGGAAGCAACCCGCAGCCCACCCCCAGGCAAGAGAACUAA